UCUGACUUCUGGGCGCGGGUGAAUCACACUAUCCUCAAUCAGACGCAACCAAAUAGCUUAGCGGCGACCGUCGCGACUUCCUCGUCUUCCUCAUUCUCUCUCUCUUUCUCUACGCUCCAAACCCUAAUUCCAGAUUCCCGGCGAAUACUCCCUGAUUCCGAUGGAGGGACUCGGAAGCGACGGAGCCUCGGUGACGUCACCGGUGGCGCAGUGGAAGAGCGAUUUCGCGAGAGCGUUCCAGUACUACCUGGAUCGGUCGACACCGCACACGCUCCACAGGUGGCUAGGAACCCUAGCGGUGGCGAUGAUCUACAUUCUGCGAGUUUACUAUAUCCAGGGCUUCUAUGUGGUCUCGUAUGGGCUCGGAAUCUACGUCUUGAACCUCUUGAUCGGGUUCUUCUCGCCCAAGGUUGACCCGGAGCUCGAGGCUUUGGAUGGGGCGGCGUUGCCUACCAAAGGCGCCGAUGAGUUCAGGCCUUUCGUUCGCCGCCUCCCGGAGUUUAAGUUCUGGUAUUCAAUUACAAAGGCUUUCAUCAUUGCCUUUAUAAUGACCUUCAUUUCUGUGCUGGAUGUGCCUGUUUUCUGGCCAAUAUUGUUAUGCUACUGGAUUGUGCUGUUUGUGCUCACAAUGAAGCGACAGAUCCUACAUAUGAUCAAAUACAAAUAUGUCCCGUUUGAUAUUGGGAAGCAGAGGUACACUGGAAAGAAGUGACCCGGAUAGAGGUGCAUUUUCUACAAUGCUAAACACAAAGCCCAAAGAUAUGUUGCCGGUUUGUAGGCCUUGUGCCAAAGCAAAUGGGAAUUUGGGAUCUUAAAUACACUUUUGAAAGUAAGGUUGUUAGUGCAUUUGUAACAUGGGGUUAGAUUCUCUAGUUUAGGAGAAAUGGAUGACAGGUCUUGAAACACAUCUAAUGUUUACAACAGAGUAUUAGCAUUGUGUAUGCACCCAAUGUUUGUGUUUUGUUGUAAGCAAAUUCUUAAGCAUGAUAACUACUUCAUAUUCCAGA